AUGAGCAAUAGAAAAUCAAUAGCAAAUAACGAAUCUGAUGGCGCAAUGAAUAAAUAUCCAUUUCCAGAAGAUGCAGAAGGUCGUCGACGUAUCAAUAUUCAACGCAUGCAAAAUGUUCUUCUUAUCUGGUUAGACAGUAACAUUGACGAGACAAAUAAUGAUUGCCAAAAUACAAUCAAACAACUGCGACGGGCUAUCAACGACAUCAAUACAUUUACAGAGGGUGAUCAAUGCCUAGAAUUCAUUGAAACAAUCGUUAACAAAAAAGGAUGUAUGAUUAUAUCUGGAUCACUUGGACAACAUAUUAUAUCUCGUGUGCACAUUAUGUCUCAAAUUGAUUCAAUUUUUAUUUUUUGUGACAACCAAAACUAUCAUGAACAAUGGGCCAAAGAAUGGCCUAAAAUAAAGGGUGUCUUCACAGAUAUUACAUCCAUCUGUAAAGCACUCAAAUCGGCAGCUCAUCAAUGUGAGCAAAAUGCCAUUCCAAUGAGUUUUGUGGGAUUAAACAAAAAAUUGGAUCAUUUAGAUCCUUCUUUUAUGUAUAUACAACUCAUCAAGGAAAUAUUACUGAGCAUCAAGUUCGAACAAAAAUACAUUCAAGAUUAUAUUAAUUACUGUCGCGAUGUUUUUGGUGACGAUGAAGAAGAAAUGGUUCAUAUUAAACAAUUUGAAGAUGAAUACUACGAUGAACCACCAAUUUUUUGGUACACCUGUCAAAUGUUCUUGUAUCCCAUGCUCAAUCGUGCAUUACGGUUGAUGGAUGGUGAUAUCAUUACACGGAUGGGUUUCUUCAUUGCUGAUUUGCAUAGAAAUAUUGAACAACUACACAAGGAACAGUAUGUUGGUAAAACUGCUACUGACACCUUCACUCUUUAUCGUGGGCAAGGUUUAUCUAAUGCGGAUUUUGAACAAAUGAUGAAAGCUAAAGGUGGUCUUGUUUCAUUUAACAACUUCUUAUCUACCAGUGAAAACAUCAAAGUUUCAUUAGGUUUUGCUGAAGAUGCUGCAAAAAAUUCAGACCAAAUAGGAAUUCUUUUUAUCAUGCAUAUUAAUCUUGCUCAAUCAACAACACCCUUUGCUUCCAUUGCUAGUAUCAGCGCUAUGAAAAGAGAAAAGGAAGUUUUAUUUUCGAUGCAUAGCGUGUUUCGUAUCCAGGAUAUUAAACAGAUGGAUGGAAAUGAUCGUUUAUAUCAAGUUAACUUGGAACUGACUGCUGAUAACGAUCCAGAAUUAAGCAGACUUACUGAUUACAUCCGAGAAGAGAGCUUGCCAGGUUCUGAAGGAUGGUAUCGACUGGGAUUAGCACUAUAUAAUAUGGGUCAAUUUAACAAGGCUGAAGAUAUUUAUCAAGUUUUACUUGAUCAAACAGACGAUGACGAACAUACGGCACCUCUUUGUCGUCAACUUGGUUUAAUCAAACGUGCUCAAGGAAAAUAUGAAGAAGCACUUUCUUAUUUUGAAAAAACCCUUGAAAUUCGACAACAAUCACUUCCUCUCAAUCAUACUGAUUUGGCUGAUUCCUACGAAGUUGUUGGUAAUGUGCAUGACAACAUGGGUAAUUAUCCUACAGCACUUUCAUCUCAUGAAAAAGCCCUUGAAAUCCGACAAGAAUCACAUUCUCCCAAUCAUCUUGAUUUGGCUUCUUCCUACAACAACAUUAGUAAUGUGCAUUACAACAUGGGUAAUUAUCCAAAAGCACUAUUAUUUCAAGAAAAAGCCCUUGAAAUCAGUAAACAAUCACUUCCUCCCAAUCAUCCUGAUUUAGCUCUUAUGUACGGCAACAUUGGCACAAUACAUAGCACCAUAGGUAAUUAUUCCGAAGCACUUUCAUUUCACGAGAUAGCCCUCGAAAUUCAAAAACAAUCACUUCCUCCCAAUCAUCCAGAUCUGGCUAUCAUGGGUACUUAUCCCGAAGCACUUUCAUUUCACGAGAAAGCCUUUGAAAUUCGACAACAAUCGCUUCCUCCCAAUCAUCCUCAUUUGGCUACAUCCUACGCAAAUAUUGGUGAGGUGCAUCACAGUAUGGCUAAUUAUCCCGAAGCACUAUCAUUUCACGAAAAGGCCCUUGAAAUUCAACAACAAUCACUUCCUUCCAAUCAUCCUGAUUUGGCUACUUUCUACAGCAACAUUGGUUCGGUGCAUGACAGUAUGGAUAAUUAUCCUAAAGCACACUUAUUUUACGAGAAAGCCCUUGAAAUUCAACAACAAUCACAUUCUCCCAACCAUCCUGGUUUAACUAUUUCCUAUCACAACAUUGGUAAUGUGUAUUACAACAUGGGUAGUUAUCCCGAAGCACUUGCUUAUUAUGAGAAAGAUCUUGAAAUCAGUAAACACUCACUUCCCCUCAAUCAUCCUGAUUUGGCUACUUCCUACAGCAACAUUGGUUCAGUGCAUGACAGUAUGGGCAAAUAUCCCGAAGCUCUUUCAUUUCACGAAAAAGCCCUUGAAAUUCGACAACAAUCACUUUCUUCCAACCAUUCUGAUUUGGCUACUUCCUACAGCAACAUUGGUUCAGUGCAUUAUAGUAUGGGUAAUUAUCCCAAAGCACUUUUAUUUUACGAAAAAGCUCUUGAAAUUCAACAACAAUCACUUCUUGACAAUCAUCCUGAUUUGGCUACUACCUACAACAACAUUGGUUCAGUGCAUAAAUACAUGGGUAAUUACCCCGAAGCACUUUCAUUUCUCGAAAAAGCCCUUGAAAUUAGACAACGAUCACUUCCUCCCAAUCAUCCAUGUUUGAUUGCUUCAUGCGGGAACAUUGGUGUAGUACAUGACAGCAUGGGUAAUUACCCAAAAGCCCGUACCUUUUAUGAACAUGCUAUACGAAUCGGAGAACAAUCAUUACUUUUAAAUGAUUCGGAUCUUCAGAUGUAUAGAAAUAAGCUCGAAGAUGUAAUAAACAAAUAA